CAUGAAGCUGAACGGGCACCAGCUGGAGAACCACGCGCUCAAGGUCUCCUACAUCCCGGACGAGCAGUCGGUGCCGGGGCCGGAGAACGGGCGCCGGGGGGGCUUUGGGGCCCGAGGGGCCCCCCGACAGGGCUCCCCCGUCUCCGCGGGGGCCCCGGUGAAGCAGCAGCCCGUGGACAUCCCCCUGCGGCUGCUGGUGCCCACCCAGUACGUGGGGGCCAUCAUUGGCAAGGAAGGGGCCACCAUCAGGAACAUCACCAAGCAGACCCAGUCCAAGAUCGACGUGCACCGGAAAGAAAACGCGGGGGCCGCAGAAAAAGCCAUCAGCAUCCACUCCACCCCCGAGGGCUGCUCUGCUGCCUGCAAGAUGAUCCUGGAGAUCAUGCAGAAGGAGGCGAAGGACACCAAGACGGCCGACGAAGUGCCUCUGAAAAUCCUGGCCCACAACAACUUCGUGGGGCGCCUGAUCGGCAAAGAGGGGCGGAACCUGAAGAAGGUGGAGCAGGACACGGAGACCAAAAUCACCAUCUCGUCGUAA